AUGGCGCCUACUUCGACGGUGCAGCACCACCACCGUUCCACCACCAAGACUUCGCACAAGCCUUACAAGACUGGCCAUGCUUCUAAGCGCGCUCUGAAGGACCAGGCUAAAGGCAAGGUCGAAAGAGGAGAGCGGGGCACUCGCAAGACCCCUCACCAGCAACUCAUGUCGAAACUCGACCGAAGGAACCAGGCUCGCCAGAAGCAGCAGAACAAGCAGCAAGAGAGGGCCCAGGCUACAGGCAUUUUCACCGGUCAAAAUGGGGCGCCCCGUCACGUCGCCAUCGUUCCCCUCUCGGUCGAUAUUGAUACCGCUGCCAUCAUCAAGGCAUUGAACGAAAGUGUUGAUAUCUCAGGCGAUGUCUCAGCGGAUACUAUCCCUCGUGUCCGUGUUGAUCGCUUCCGACAGAACAUACAGUAUAUCCCGGCCAAGUAUGACUUGAUGAGCGCUUUGGAUGCUUGCCGGAUGGCGGAUUUCGUUGUGAUAGCGGUUUCCGCACAGGUUGAGGUGGAAGAGCAAGGGGAGCUGUUGCUCAGGUCAAUCGAGGGCCAGGGUAUUUCAAAUGUUGUUGCGGUUGUACAGGGCCUCGAUCAAGUCAACCCUCCUAAGAAACGCCCCCAAGUAUCUGGAUCCCUCAAAUCAUUCUUGAACUACUUCUUCCCAGCUGUCGACAAGGUCCUUUCAGUUGAUUCCCGACAAGAAUGCUCAAAUGCUAUCCGAUCUCUCUGCACCGCAACACCCAAAGGUAUCCACUGGCGUGAUGACCGGAGUUGGAUGCUUAUUGAAAACGUCAAAUGGCCUGAAAGUGCUGCGGAUGCGGUGGAUGACGUGGUGUUGACUGGUGUUGUACGUGGGAAGGGUUUGAAGGCAGACCGCCUGGUCCAUGUUCCCGGCUGGGGCGAUUACCAGAUCGGUGCUGUCACCGCUGCUCCACUGCCUACUGCACGAUCCAAGCGGGAUGAUGCGAUGACUGUCGACGAAAGCGACUCGUCCCAAGUGUUGGAUGGGCCAUCUGUGGAUCAAGACGACUUGGCUACUGUUGCACCGGAAGAAAUUGAGAUGGAAGAUGAUUUGGAGUCUAUGCCGGAUACAGAUAAGAAGGGUGUUCUUCUGGAUGACCACCACUAUUUCUCUGACGAUGAUGAUCAUAUCCCGGCCAAGCCGAAGAGGCUACCGCGAGGUACUUCCGAGUACCAAUCGCAUUGGUUCCUGGAUGACGUAUCGGACUCCGGUUCCGACAUUGUAGACGAGGAUGAGGAUGAAGAUAUGGAAAUGGACGUCUCUGGCGCUCCCGAGGAUGGUGUAUUCCCAGACAACCGCGAUGCUAUGACAGAAGGCGGAGCCUCGGAAUACCCUCAAUCAGAAAUGUUCCUUGACCCCUCACCAGAGGAGGAAGCACAGCAAUUGGAAGAGUACAGAGCCAGCCGGAGGAACGAAGCUAAGGAAGACCUUGAAUUCCCCGAUGAGAUCGAGCUUCACCCCAACGUCCUCGCCCGAGAGCGACUGGCUAGAUACCGAGGAAUGAAGAGUCUUAAGUCUAGCGCUUGGAACACAACAGAGGACCGACCUCACGAACCUGAGGAUUGGCGACGGCUUCUCCAAUUCGGUGAUUACAAGGGCUCCAAGAACAGGAUUUUAAGAGAAGCCCUCGUCGGCGGUGUCAGCCCAGGAAACCGCGUCGAUGUCCACCUUCGUGCAGUCCCUGCCUCGCUCCGCAACAAACCCCAACCCUUAUCUCUCUUCUCUCUCCUUCGCCACGAACAUAAGCACACCGUGGUCAACAUCAACAUGCACCUUAACGCAGCCGUCGAACAGCCGCUCAAAGCCAAAGAAGAGCUCAUCGUGCAAUACGGCCCGCGGCGCCUAGUUGUUAAGCCUAUCUUCUCAUCUGCAGACAACACGCCCAACAACGUCCACAAAUACGACCGCUUCCUCCACCCCGGCCGCAGCGCAAUCGCCACUUGGAUUGGACCACUCACGUGGGGCUCUGUCCCCGUCCUCGUCUUCAAGACUCGAAAGGCUUCAGAGGAAGAAGACCCAGAGGUGCUGGACUCCGCCGACGGACCGGAACCAACAUCAGCCACAGACUUCUCAACAUCCACCCUUGACCUAAUCGGCACGGGCACGGUCGUGGCCCCCGACCCAUCGCGCGUUGUCGCCAAACGCGCCAUCAUCACAGGCCACCCGUACAAGAUCCACAAGCGUGUUGUCACUGUUCGCUACAUGUUUUUCAACUCCGAGGACGUGAAUUGGUUCAAGGCGUUGCAACUAUGGACAAGACGCGGACGCAGCGGGUUCAUAAAGGAGAGUCUCGGUACACAUGGAUAUUUCAAGUGCACUUUCGAUGCGAAGCUGAACCCACAGGAUUCUGUGGGAAUUAGUUUGUACAAGCGAGUGUUUCCACGAAGGGCGAGGGCGCUGGAAGAGAUUGAUAACUAA